UGUACCGCGCGCUGCUGGCGGAGCUGAUCAGGCGCCUGGGGGGGCGGUACAGCGCCGACCUCACCCCGCACUGCACCCACCUCCUCGUCGCAAUAUCCCCCUCCCCGCCCUCCUACCCCCUACCCGGCCCUCCUCCUCCCUACCCGCCCUUCCCCUCCCCUCCUCCCCCCUACCCCCCCUCCUCCCCCCUACCCCCCCUCCUCCCCCCUACCCCCCCUCCUCUCCCCUACCCGCCCUCCCCUCCCCUAACCGGCCUCCUCCCCCCUGCCCGCCCUCCUCCCCCUUCCCUGACCUCCUCCCCUCUCCCCGCCCUCCUCGCCCCUCCCCCCCUUCCCCCUCGUUCCCUUGCGCUCCUUGCUCCUCGCCUUCGUGCCCCUUCCUCAAUCCCACCGCCUUAG